AUGGGUGAGAUGAAAAGUCUUGAAACAUUAGACAUGUCUUCUAACGGUUUAUCUGGGCAGCUACCUAAACUUCUUUUGAUUGGUUGCUACUCGUUGGUUUUUCUGAAGCUCUCUAACAACCGAUUCCAGGGGGACAUAUUUUCGGAGCAUGCAAAUCUUACUAGUUUACGUUACCUUUAUCUUGAUGGAAACAAUUUCGAUGGGAGUGUUGGAGAAGGUUUGUUAAACUCAGAGGAACUAAUGCUUCUAGACGUAUCAGAUAAUAGUUUUUCUGGCAUGUUUCCACUUUGGAUUGGUGGAAUGUUAGGCCUCCAGUUCCUAUACAUGAAUGGAAAUCAGCUAAAAGGUCCUUUCCCUCAUCAACUACAGAGUGGUUUGCUUAAGGUUUUGGACAUCUCACACAAUAACUUCUCAGGUUCGAUAGCCAGGGAUGUGAAUUUUUCAUCAACUCUCAGAGUAUUAAGCCUACAAAACAAUGAGUUUAUGGGAUCAGUUCCGGACAGUUUUUUCAAGGCUGAAGCACUAGAGAUACUUGAUCUGCGGAACAACAAUUUUUCAGGUAAUAUUCUGAACAUUACUGACGUGAGUUCUAGUCUGCUUGUUCUUCUUUUGCGGAAUAAUAGCUUACAAAGUCAUAUCCCUGAGAAAUUAUGCCAGCUGAGUAAAGUUGGUCUCUUGGACUUAUCUCACAAUAAGUUCAAAGGUGCUAUACCAUCAUGUUUGGGUAACAUGUCUUUUGGUGCAAAGGAUUACGUUGGUAUUUUGGAUUUCCUUCCAUCUCACGGAGAUUUUCUUGCGGAGAAUUCAUACUUUCCAAGUUGGAUAAAUACAUCAGCUCUUAACCUCUAUGCAACAGAGAUUGGUCCUGCAUUGGACAAAGAAACUGAUGUGGAUUUUGUAACGAAAACAAGGUAUGAAACAUAUCAAGGAGAUUUUCUCCAUUUUAUGUACGGUUUGGAUUUGUCAAGCAACCAACUAUCAGGUGAGAUUCCAGUUGAGAUUUGGGAUCUUCAGGCUAUCAAAUCCCUGAACUUUUCAAGAAACCGCCUCACAGGCUCCAUACCAUAUAACAUCUCAAAGCUCAAGAACUUGGAGAGUUUGGAUCUAUCCAACAAUAAGCUGUAUGGAAACAUCCCUCCUGUGGUGGCCGACCUCAACAGUUUAGGAUACUUCAAUGUGUCAUGCAACAACUUCUCCGGUGAAAUUCCUUUCAAAGGCCAUCUUGUAACCUUUGACGAAAGGAGUUACAUAGGCAAUGCUCAUCUCUGUGGACUUCCUACUAAUAUCAGUUGCAACCCCAGUAGAGUUCCGAAGGCAAGUGCACCAACGCAUGCCAAAGAGGAAGAAGAUGAUGUGAUAGACAUGGAGUGGUUUUACUGGACUUGUGGUGCAGUCUACAUCUCCACAUUCCUGGCUUUGUUAACGUUUCUCUGCAUAGACACACGUUGGUCUCGAGAAUGGUUUUAUCGUGUAGAUUUCUUCAUUCGUCACCUUCAACGCUACAAGCGUUCCUCGUUAUGCAACUGA